AUGGCUAUGUUGAGGGGUCCUAACAGAUCCAUAGCAGAGAACAAGCUGAGUCCGCGUUUUAUGGGUCCGUUUCCAGUAGUGGAGCGAGUUGGGCCAUUGGCUUACAGGCUGGAGUUGCCUGAGAUUAUGAAAGCCUUUCACAAGGUUUUUCAUGUGUCGAUGCUGAGGAAGUGUCUUCACCCUACAGAGGAGUUAGUGGCUAGGAUUCCAGAGGAUCUUCAGCCAGAUUUGACAGUGCCGGCAGUGCCUGUGAGGAUUUUAGAGAGGAGGGAAAAGGUUCUGAGGAACAAGAGGAUUCCCUUACUGAGGAUUUUGUGGGAUUGCAGUGGUUCUACAGAGGAGACUUGGGAGCCAGAGGCAAAGAUGAAGUUGAAGUUCAGGAAGUGGUUCGACAAGCAGGUCGAGGAGUGA